AUGGCAAAUAAAAUAAAACCAUCAGAAAUUUUAUUAUCGAAUGUUGUUCUUCUUUUGGUGAUUGGCAAUCUCGUCAAUAGUGGUCGAAUUGAUUGGACAAUAGAGAAGAGUUCUUCAUUUUGGUAUGAACAAGCUCGAUUAUCAAUUGAAGAAGGAUUACAACGUCGUGAUAAUACUGGAAUAGCUAAAAAUGUAAUUCUUUUUUUGGGUGAUGGUAUGGGUGUAUCAACUGUUACUGCAGGUAGAAUUCGAAAGGGACAAACAAAUGGACAAUUAGGCGAAGAUUUUCUUACUGAAAUGGAACAAUUUACUCAUUUAGGUUUGGCAAAAACAUAUAAUAUUGAUCAUCAAACACCAGAUUCAGCAGCGACAGCAACAGCUUUUUUAUGUGGUGUUAAAGCACAAUUAGGUACAAUAGGAGUUGAUGGACGUGCAAAACGAUCUAAUUGUUCAAGUUCAAUUGGUACAAAUGUGACAAGCAUUCUCGAUUGGGCCCAAAAAGCUGGUAAAAAAGUUGGCAUUUUAACAACAGCUCGUAUAACUCAUGCAACACCAGCUGCUGCUUAUGCUCAUGUUGCUGAACGUGACUGGGAAAGUUAUAAUACAAAAACAUUUGGUAUUCUUCAAAGUCAACAAGGUUGUCUUGAUAUUGCUCAUCAACUUGUACAACGCUCACCACCAAUCGAUCUUUUAUUGGGCGGUGGUCGUCGACACUUUUAUCCAAAUACAAAGCCUGAUAUUGAAAACUCAAAAUUAAAUGGUUCUCGUACUGAUAAUCGAUCACUUAUUGAUGAACUUUGGCAUGGACGUUUUAUUUGGAAUAAAACUGAAAUGGAUAGAAUUAUUUUAGGUACACAAACACCAUUAAUGGGAUUAUUUGAAUAUGAUCAUAUGUAUUAUGAAACUGAUAGAAAAACAAAUAGAAUUGAUAAACCAAAUUUAUCACAGAUGACCAAAUUUGCAAUAGAACAUUUUUUAAAUAUGAAACAAAAUGGUUUUUUUCUUUUAAUUGAAGGCGGAAGAAUUGAUCAUGGACAUCAUGAUACAAAAGCACGAUAUGCACUUGAUGAAUUCGUUGAAUUUGAUAAUGCUAUUGGACAAGCUAAAGAAAUCUUAAAAGAAAAAGGUCUCCUUAAGGAUACAUUACUUGUUGUCACUGCUGAUCAUUCACAUGUAUUUACAAUGGGUGCAUAUGGUUCACGUGGUUCAAAUAUUUUAGGUUUUUCAUCAUUAGAAUCUCUUAAUGUCAGUGAUAUUGAUAGACUUCCUGUUAAUAUUAUUGCAUAUGGAAAUGGACCGAAUUUCCCUUCACCUCGAAAUGCAACUUACUUGUCUUUGCUUGAUACCAAUUCAACUAAUUAUUUGUCACCAGCAGCUCUACCACUAAGUAGUGAAAGCCAUGGCGGUGAAGAUGUACCUGUAUAUGCUCAUGGACCAUGGAGUCAUUUAUUUAUCGGAACAAUGGAACAACAUACAAUUGCACAUAAAAUGGCUUAUGCAGCAUGUUGGGGUCCUUAUACUAAUAGAAACGGAUGUCCAUCAAUAACUCAAUCAACAACAACAUCAACCACAGUUGUUCCAAAAUCCAAUGGUUUAAAUUCUUUUGGCCAGUUUAAAUUUAUUAAAAUAAUUAUCAUUUUCUUAUCUAUUCUUGCCCUUAUAUAA